UCAAUAUUGUUUUAGCUGGUUUCGUAAUUGUUUAUAUUUUGUGAUUGGUUUGAUUUAAAGAUCAACAUUAAAAUUCAGCCGUGUCUUGAACAGCUUUCUCUUAUAAGAAUCAUUUUAUCUGCAAUUUAAUUAGUACCCUGCAAGCUACGAUUUAUAAUUUUAAAUAUUAUAAUGUCUACAAACAUACUAACGAUUUUGUGUAAGGGUAUUGUAACUCGUGUAUCAAAUGCGAAUUCCAUCAGAUGUUACUCUAGAUGGACACAUAGAAAACCUAGUAAGGUGGUUCUGCCUUUUGAAGCUGCCCCAAAAACUAACCUGAAAACUGAAAAAGUUAUAGAUUUGAGUUCUGUUGUUGAAGAAAAAAAGGAGAAAGCCCAACAGAAGCAAAGAGUGUCCAUGCCAAAUGUCGAUAAAGAAAUAGCUGAUGCAAAGCUAAAACAAGAAAAUAAAAAUCAACAAGAAAAGUUCAAAGACAUAAAAGAAUCAAGGGAGUCUCAAUUAAAGAAGAGAAAGUUUUAUUUAAGCCAAAAAAAGGUUUUUAAUGAUGAUGGUGAAAUAAUAUAUGAAAAAUUAAAGGAUAAUGAUGGUAGAAUUAAUUACUUAUUGGUAAAACUCAAAUCUAAGAAGGAAAGAUUACACACAAGACAGAUGUUAGUUGAAGGAUGGCGCCUAAUUGUUGAUGGUUUGAAAGCUAAAUGUAAACUGAAUUAUGUAAUAUUCAGUGAUGUGGAGGAUUUAAAUCGUUUAAGGCCUUUCCUUCCAAAAACUGGUGUUUUAUUUUACAAAAUACCAUACAAAGAGAUUGGACUGUGGUCUGACGUUGAGACUUCACCAGGUUUAUUUGGAGUUUUUGAAAUGCCAACAUCAGAGAACAUAGCCCGAACAUCCCGUCCUCUACCAUUACACCUGGUGUGUGACAACAUACGGACUCCCGGGAACCUGGGCGCCAUACUUAGAGCGGCUGUUGCUGUGGGAUGUGAUAAAAUACUACUUACAAAAGGUUGUGUUGAUCUAUGGGAUUCUAAAGUCAUAAGGAGUGCUGCUGGGGCCCACUUCAGACAACCGAUACAACCUUCAGUGGAAUGGGAAGACAUUGAAACACUCUUACCACAUGAUACAUCAGUAUUUAUUGCUGAUAGCAACACAAACGUCCUAGAUGAAGAAAACAGUAUACAGAGUAGUGUACCAGUAGUACCUUACUAUGGUGUUGAGUUCGCCAACCUGAAGCAUGUCACACUUAUUGUUGGUGGCGAAACUGAAGGGAUAAGUGUGGAGAGUUAUAGAUUCGCGGCAGCCAAGAAUGGUGUAAGACUGAACAUCCCAUUGCAGCAAGGAGUUGAUAGCUUAAACACCGGCAUGGCAACAGCGGUCAUAAGCUGCGAAAUAAGGAAACAGAUGACUCAAGCGUGGGCCAAACUUAAGCUGCAGAAGCAAGACGUACAGGCCACAUAGCUUAAAAAGUAUAAACAGUAGGUUAAUACAUAGUCUUGGAU